AUGGAUCCCACGCCACUAGUCCACAGCAUAUUUGACAAGGGCACCGGCACCUGGCAGUAUCUCGUGGCAGAUCCAGCCACUCGGAAUGCUGCCGUGAUCGACUCAGUCCUCGACUUUGACCCGGCCACGCAGAAGGUGACGACAGACAACGCCGACGCCAUUCUGCGUCUCAUCGAGUCCAACAACUACCAAAUCCAAUGGAUCUUGGAAACCCAUAUUCACGCGGACCACCUCACGGCAGCGGCCUACCUCCAAGGGCGCCUCGCUGGCCAACAACAAGAUGGGAAGCCGCGCAUUGGCAUCGGCAAGCGUAUCACGCAAGUGCAGAAAGAAUUCGCAGGCAAAUAUGAUGUACCGUGGGGCGAGUGCGAGGGCGUGUUUGACAAAAUGCUUGACGACGACGAAGAGUUCCCCCUCGGGAAUCUGAAGGCACAAGCCAUCCACCUUCCGGGCCACACGCCAGAUCUGAUGGGCUAUGUCUUUGGAGACAACGUCUUCUGCGGAGACUCCAUCUUCCACGCCGACAUUGGCACCGCGCGCUGCGAUUUUCCCGGCGGCAGUGCGAAGCAGCUCUACCAGUCCGCGCAGAAACUGCUCGCCAUGGCCGAUCACGUCAAGAUCUGGACGGGCCACGACUACCCGAGCGGUGCGCGUCAACAAGAGGUUCCCUUUCUGACCGCCAGUGAGCACCGAGAUCGCAACAAGCACCUGGCCAACGGCACGUCCGAGGAGCAAUACGUCGCCGUGCGCGAGGGGCGAGAUGCGCAAAUGUCGGAACCGAGGUUGAUUCAUCAGGCUCUCCAGGUGAAUAUUCGAGGAGGCAGAAUGCCAAAGGCGUCGUCGCAGAGUGGUCUGCGGAUGCUCCAUGUCCCGCUCAAAGUUGAUGCCCUGGACGCUGGCAAAGAUUGUGGUUCUCUACUAUAA